CUCCGGAUCUGCUUCCGAGCUGGGCCGGGCGCUUCCCUUUCCCCUCCCCGAGCCGCGGUGUGCGCGCCCCCCUUCUCGCCCGCUAGUGUUUUUAAAGGACUCAAGGGAAGGGGGAAACUGUCAAGAUGGCAGCAGCGGGAGCAAGGAGGUGAUGAACAUGCUGGUCCGGGUUUUCUAGCAGCCCGGGAGACUUGGCGCUUCCCGACCUGUUGGAAGAUUUAUGUUCCGACUCGCUCCCUCCCCCGGAUCCCGACUGGGAAGGGGGCGGAGGGGACGACGUCCGCGAGAAUGCAAACCACACAAAAUCUCGAAGUGGCCGUCCCUGCCGGGCUCGACCCUCUGCGAACGCCCGCCGGGCUGCUGCUUCCCCUUCUUCCCGUGUUUCCUUUAUUUUUUGGAAGUGACAAGGGCCCAUCUGCGCCCAGACCCCCGUUCGCCCUCCGGCCCGCGGGCGAAGAGAGGAGAGGGAGCUGCCCGCGCAGUCCCCGGGCUCGGGCCAUUCGACCGGGUUGGGGGUGACGGGGGGUCGCGGAGGCAGCUGGGCCGGGAAAGGGGAGAAGAGCCGAAGACAGCACAGACUUGAGCGGCGGGGCCGCGGGAGGCACUAGAGCGGGCCCGAGCGAAACAUAAACAAACGCACGCACGCCCGAGCUCGGGCUCUGACCGCCGCUCGGCUGCGCCAGCUCCGGCCGCUGCCCGCUUUAAAGGCGCGGCCGCCCCUCCCCCGGGCGCCCCUCCCCCUUCUCCCCGCCCCGCCGCCUAGCCCGGGAGGGACCUGCGGCUGGGCGGCGGGGGGAGGGGGCUGCCCCGCGCGAGGCCGUCGAUUCGCUCGCGGCUCCCCCGCGGCCUGGCCAGGGGGCGGUGUCUGCUGCGCCAGGUUCGCUGGCCGCACGUCUCCAGGUCCGCCUGUUCCUGGGAGGCGGGCGCGGCAAGGCUGGGAGGUAGUGGCGACGGGCGAGGACUCGCCGAGGACUGCGCUCCGGCCCGGGAUAACCAACUCUCCUUCUCUCUCCUCUGGUGCUUCCCCAGGCGGCGGCGGCAGCGGCGCCCGGGAGCCGGAGCCUUCGCGGCGCCCACGUCCCUCCCCCGCCGCACCCCGCCCCGGCGCGAGAGGAGAGCGCGAGAGCCCCAGCCGCGGGCGGGCGGCGAAGAUGGCAGAGGCACCGGCCUCCCCGGCCCCGCUCUCUCCGCUGGAAGUGGAGCUGGACCCGGAGUUCGAGCCCCAGAGCCGUCCGCGCUCCUGUACGUGGCCCCUGCAAAGGCCGGAGCUGCAAGCGAGCCCUGCUAAGCCCUCGGGGGAGACGGCCGCCGACUCCAUGAUCCCCGAGGAGGAGGACGAUGAAGACGACGAGGACGGCGGGGGACGGGCCGGCUCGGCCAUGGCGAUCGGCGGCGGCGGGAGCGGCACGCUGGGCUCCGGGCUGCUCCUUGAGGACUCGGCCCGGGUGCUGGCACCCGGAGGGCAAGACCCCGGGUCUGGGCCAGCCACCGCGGCGGGCGCUCUGAGCGGGGGUACACAGGCGCUGCUGCAGCCUCAGCAGCCGCUGCCACCGCCGCAGCCGGGGGCGGCUGGGGGCUCCGGGCAGCCGAGGAAAUGCUCGUCGCGGCGGAACGCCUGGGGAAACCUGUCCUACGCGGACCUGAUCACCCGCGCCAUCGAAAGCUCCCCGGACAAACGGCUCACUCUUUCCCAGAUCUACGAGUGGAUGGUGCGUUGCGUGCCCUACUUCAAGGAUAAGGGCGAUAGCAACAGCUCUGCCGGCUGGAAGAACUCCAUCCGGCACAACCUGUCGCUGCAUAGUCGAUUCAUGCGGGUCCAGAAUGAGGGAACUGGCAAAAGCUCUUGGUGGAUCAUCAACCCAGAUGGGGGGAAGAGCGGAAAAGCCCCCCGGCGGCGGGCUGUCUCCAUGGACAACAGCAACAAGUAUACCAAGAGCCGUGGCCGCGCAGCCAAGAAGAAGGCAGCCCUGCAGACAGCCCCUGAAUCAGCUGAUGACAGUCCCUCCCAGCUCUCCAAGUGGCCUGGCAGCCCCACGUCACGCAGCAGUGAUGAGCUGGAUGCAUGGACGGACUUCCGUUCACGCACCAAUUCUAACGCCAGCACAGUCAGUGGCCGCCUGUCGCCCAUCAUGGCAAGCACAGAGUUGGAUGAAGUCCAGGACGACGAUGCGCCUCUCUCACCCAUGCUCUACAGCAGCUCAGCCAGCCUGUCACCUUCAGUGAACAAGCCAUGCACGGUGGAACUGCCACGGCUGACUGAUAUGGCAGGCACCAUGAAUCUGAAUGAUGGGCUGACUGAAAACCUCAUGGACGACCUGCUGGAUAACAUCACGCUCCCGCCAUCCCAGCCAUCACCCACUGGGGGACUCAUGCAGCGGAGCUCUAGCUUCCCAUACACCACCAAGGGCUCGGGCCUGGGCUCCCCAACCAGCUCCUUCAACAGCACGGUGUUUGGACCUUCAUCUCUGAACUCCCUACGCCAGUCUCCCAUGCAGACCAUCCAAGAGAACAAGCCAGCUACCUUCUCUUCCAUGUCACACUAUGGUAACCAGACACUCCAGGACCUGCUCACUUCGGACUCACUUAGCCACAGCGAUGUCAUGAUGACACAGUCGGACCCCUUGAUGUCUCAGGCCAGCACCGCUGUGUCUGCCCAGAAUUCCCGCCGGAACGUGAUGCUUCGUAAUGACCCAAUGAUGUCCUUUGCUGCCCAGCCUAACCAGGGAAGUUUGGUCAAUCAGAACUUGCUCCACCACCAGCACCAAACCCAGGGCGCUCUUGGUGGCAGCCGUGCCUUGUCGAAUUCUGUCAGCAACAUGGGCUUGAGUGAGUCCAGCAGCCUUGGGUCAGCCAAACACCAGCAGCAGUCUCCUGUCAGCCAGUCUAUGCAAACCCUCUCGGACUCUCUCUCAGGCUCCUCCUUGUACUCAACUAGUGCAAACCUGCCCGUCAUGGGCCAUGAGAAGUUCCCCAGUGACUUGGACCUGGACAUGUUCAAUGGGAGCUUGGAAUGUGACAUGGAGUCCAUUAUCCGUAGCGAACUCAUGGAUGCUGAUGGGUUGGAUUUUAACUUUGAUUCCCUCAUCUCCACACAGAAUGUUGUUGGUUUGAACGUGGGGAACUUCACUGGUGCUAAGCAGGCCUCAUCUCAGAGCUGGGUGCCAGGCUGAAGGACCACUGAGGAAGGGGAAGUGGGCAAAGCAGACCCUCAAACUGACACAAGACCUACAGAGAAAACCCUUUGCCAAAUCUGCUCUCAGCAAGUGGACAGUGAUACCGUUUACAGCUUAACACCUUUGUGAAUCCCACGCCAUUUUCCUAACCCAGCAGAGACUGUUAAUGGCCCCUUACCCUGGGUGAAGCACUUACCCUUGGAACAGAACUCUAAAAAGUAUGCAAAAUCUUCCUUGUACGGGGUGGUGAGCCGCCUGCCAGUGGAGGACAGCACCCCUCAGCACCACCCACCCUCGUUCAGAGCACACCGUGAGCCCCCGUCGGCCAUUCUGUGGUGUUUUAAUAUUGCGAUGGUUUAUAGGAUGUUUUAAGUGUUGUUCUUGUGUUUGUUUUCCUUUGACUUUCUGAGUUUUUCACAUGCAUUAACUUGCGGUAUUUUUCUGUUAAAAUGUUAACCGUCCAUCCCCUAGCAAAUUUAAAAACAGAAGGAAAAUGUUGUACCAGUUACCAUUCCGGGUUCGAGCAUCACAAGCUUUUGAGCCCAUGGAACUCCAUAAACUAACAAAUUACAUAAACUAAAGGGGGAUUUUCUUUCUUCUUUCGUUUGGUAGAAAAUUAUCCUUUUCUAAAAACUGAACAAUGGCACAAUUGUUUGCUAUGUGCACCCGUCCAGGACUGAACCAUGCAUAGGCAAAACGAGUGGAGCACAGCGUCCGGCCCAGUGUGUUUCCAGUUCUGAGUCAGGGUGAUCUGUGGACAGGACCCCAGCACCAGGUCUACAGGUGCCAGAUCAGUAGGGCCUGUGAUCUCCUGUCAGUGUCUUUAGCUAAUGUGAACAGUGUUGGUCUGCUGGUUAGAAACUAGGAUAUUAAUAUUUUCAGGAAAGAAAUCAGCUCAGCUCUCCACUCAUUGCCAAAUGCCACUAAAGGGUUUAGUUUUAAGGAGAAAGAAAAGAAAAAAAAAAGUCCUGUUUUGUUUUGCAGAACAAAUGAACUUACAGGUGAGCAUUAAGCUUGCAGUGAGAAAUGUGUGAAGAGUAAAAACCCAAGUCAAUGCUGAGGCAGUUCUAACUUCACUGUUUUCCUAAUACACAUCCUUGAUUAUUUUCAGCCUUGCUGUGUAUAAUCUGAUCUGCUAGAAGUGUAUGAGUGAGAGGCAAUAGCAUACAAACUGAUUUUUUAAAUAUAAGCUUAGGUUGUAAUUGUACAAGUGACACAAUGGAAGUACAAAAUAGGGCAGUUUUAACUUUUUUUUUCUGCUUCUAUGGAUUUCAUUUUGUUGUGUUUUCAAAAAGUUAUGGUGCUGUAUAGGUGCUUUCUGUUUAACCUGGAAAGUGUGAUUAUAUUCGUUACCUUCUUUGGUAGACGGAAUAGUUGGGACCACCUUUGGUACAUAUGAAAUUGGUGUAAUGAUGCUCUGAUUAGCACAGCAUAUGCAUACUUCUCCAAAGUGAUAUAUGAAGACUCUUUUCUUUGCAUAAGAAGCAUUAGGCAUAUAAAUGUAUAAAUAUAUUUUAUCAUGUACAGUACAAAAAUGGAACCUUAUGCAUGGGCCUUAGGAAUACAGGCUAGUAUUUCAGCACAGACUUCCCUGCUUGAGUUCUUGCUGAUGCUUGCACCGUGACAGUGGGCACCAACACAGACGUGCCACCCAACCCCCUGCACACACCACCGGCCACCAGGGGCCCCCUUGUGCGCCUUGGCUUUAUAACUCCUCUGGGGGUGAUAUUGGUGGUGAUCACAGCUCCUAGCAUAAUGAGAGUUCCAUUUGGUAUUGUCACACGUCUCCUGCCUCGCUUGGGUUGCCAUGUUUGAGCGAUGGCCCUGUUGAUUUCACCCUGCCUUUUACUGAAUCUGUAAAUUGUUGUGCAAUUGUGGUUAUAGUAGACCUGUAGCACAUUGCCUUUUCUAAACUGCUACACGUUUAUAAUCUUCAUUUUUAAAGUAUGUAUAAUUUUUUAAAGUAUGUAUUCUAUUCAUAUGUUCUGCUUGUCAGUGAGCCAGACUUGCUUACUAUAUUCCUUUAUAAUAAUGCUAGCCACUUCCUGGAUUCUUUAGUAGUGUGCUGUAUGCAGGAACUUUCCAGUAGCAGUGAAGGAGGGUUGCCUCUCCAAGCUUCCUAAAGGAUGCUGCCCUGGGUGGGGAUGCAUCGCAGAGGCAGUAGUAGCAUGGGGGCUGCAGUAGGGAGUGAGAUGGAAAAGGGUGGGGGGAUAGGAGAAUUCCAGAGUGCUUCCAGCAUGAGGGUCCUGAGAACUUCUGUCCUGAGUUCAGAGAGACAUGCAAAGUAACUAACAAAAUAGCUGCUUGCCUUUGCAGUUUUACAGACCCUGGGAGCCACUUUGGGAGUGAGAAAGGCAACCCUCCAAUGUGUUUCAACUUUAAAAUGUUGAAUUCUUUUCAGACCCGUGGUAUCGCAUUUAUUCUCCUUUUCUAGUGUUUGUUGGAUUUCAGGCAGAAUGUCUUACAGAAUGUCCUAGAACCAGAUUAUCAUUUAAUCUGAAACAGCUGAGGAAGGGACAGAGGAGGUACAAGGGCAAGGCAGCACAAAACAGAUCAGGAAAAUGAAGAGGGAAUGCUUUGGGUUUUUGUUUUGUUUUGUUUUUUUCUUCUUCAAGUAACUGAAACAGCAUCUACAUGUAGAGUGUUGUGGAGAGCUGAGACCAGGGCAAAGUCAAGUGCAGCAUAAGUACCGUGAGACCUGCCAGCCCCUGGAGAGGGUCAGCCGAGGAUCUGGUAGUGAAGCCUGUCUAGGGUCCCGGCACCCUCACCCUCAGCCACCUACAGAAAGGCCAGGCCCCCAGAGACUAGCCCGGUUCUAAAGUGGUCAGGCUGGGCAGGGGUGCUGCCUGAGCCCUCUGCCCCUUAUAUUGAGACCCUGCUUUCAGGACAGGCCAACUGUUGGCCACCAUGUCACAUCCUGAGUGAGUGUCACAGGUCCCUAACAAGAAUUUUCUGAUCUGGAGCAUAUCAGCAGAACGCUUAGCCUCAAGGGGCUGGCAGCUCUAAUGUUUGAUUUAUGAUGCAAACUAUUGGAGGCCACCCUCAGCCUCUAAAUAAGCUGCUCUAGGGAGCCACCUACUUUUUGAUGAGAAAUUAGAAGAGUACCUAAUGUUGAAAACAUGACAUGCGCUCUUGGGAUCUGCUGUUCUCUUCAGGGCUCCAGAACCUGAUACCUGUUACCAAAGCUAGGAAAGAGCUUUAUCACAAGCCUUCACUGUCCUGGCAUGAGAACUGGCUGCCAGGCUCAGUGUACCCCAUUAACUGUGAAUGAAUCUGAGCUUGGUUUCCUUGAUUGCAUCCUCUGUGAUAUAAUGAUUGCUGAAACACAUUUUAAAAAUUCAGAAGUUUGUCACUCCUGUUAAUGGGAGGAUCAUUCACACAUGUGUAGUACAAGGCAGACUUUGUGUUUGUUUUUGGUGUUGAUUUUUAGCAUUGUGUGUGUUGCUUCCCCACCCUGAGGAGAGGACACCAUGGCUUACUACUCAGGACAAGUAUGCCCUGCUCAGGGUGUGAUUUCAGGUGACUUCCAAACUUGUACACAGUUUAAAGAUGGUGGAGACAGAUUUUGCCUCUGCCUAGUGAACCCCACUUAAAGAAUAAGGAGCAUUUGAAUCUCUUGGAAAAGACCAUGAAGAAUAAAGCAGUCAAAAAGAAGUCCUCCAUGUUGGUGCAAAGGGCUUGCGAGGGGAAAUAAAAAUGUUAUCCAGCCUGACCAACAUGGAGAAACCCUAUCUCUAUUAAAAAUACAAAACUAGCCUGGCAUAGUGGCGCAUGCCUGUAAUCCCAGCUACUCUGGAGGCUGAGGCAGGAGAAUCGCUUGAACCCAGGAGGCGGAGGUUGCAGUGAGCCAAGAUCACACCCGCUGCACUCCAACCUGGGGAACAAGAGUGAAACUCCACGUCAAAAAAAAAAAAAAAAAAUGUUAUUCAUCCUCUCUCAAAGCAAAAAGGAAACCCUGAAAGCUCUGAACUCUAGUUUUAUUUUUCUUGCUGUAUUUGGGUGAACAUUGUAUGAUUAGGCAUAAUGUUUUUUAAAAAAAAAAUUUUUUUUUUGGUAGAAAUGCAAUCACCAGUAAAGAGGUACGAAAAAGCCAGCCUCUCUUGCAGACCGGAGAGGCAGAGUACUACUAUGGGAGGUGAAGUUCUGAUGGAAUCAUGCCUGUCAAAUGAGAUCUUAAAGCAGAUGCCCAAAUAAAAGAGUAUAUUAUAUUUUAUCUGAAUCUUAAGUGGGUAACAUUUUAUGCAAUUGAAACAAAUGGAAUAUUUUCCUCUUGUUUAGUUGUAUCUGUUUAUAUUUUUCUUUGAUGAAUGAUUGGUCAUGAGGCCUCUUGCCACACUCCAGAAAUACGUGUGCGGCUGCUUUUAAGAAUUAUGUGUCUGGUCACUUAUUUCUCUAAAAUUAUCUCAUUGCCUGGCAAUCAGUCUUCUCUUGUAUACUUGUCCUAGCACAUUAUGUACAUGGGAAAUGUAAACAAAUGUGAAGGAGGACCAGAAAAAUUAGUUAAUAUUUAAAAAAAUGUAUUGUGCAUUUUGGCUUCACAUGUUUAACUUUUUUUAAGAAAAAAGUUGCAUGAAUGGAAAAAAAAUCUGUAUACAGUAUCUGUAAAAACUGUCUUACCUGUUUCAAUUCCUUGCUCAUACCCCAUGUAAUCUAGAACUAAAUAUGGUGCGUGGCCAUAUUUAAACACCUGAGAGUCAAGCAGUUCAGACUUUGAUUUGAAGCACCUCAUCCUUCUUUCAAUGCGAACACUAUCAUAUGGCAUUCUUACUGAGGAUUUUGUCUAACCAUAUGUUGCCAUGAAUUAACUCUGCCGCCUUUCUUAAGGAUCAAAACCAGUUUGAUUUGGGUAUCUUCCCCUUUCCAAAUGAAAUAGAGAUGCAGUACUUACUUUCCUUGGUGUUUGUAGAUAUUGCCUUGUGUAUUCCACUUAAAACCGUAAUCUAGUUUGUAAAAGAGAUGGUGACGCAUGUAAAUAAAGCAUCAGUGACACUCUG